AUGACUCUCCCGACUCUCAAGGAAAACCAGUUCACCCACAGCGGCGACAAGACCACGUUCUACUGGUCCGCCGGCCCGACGCAGGGACCACUCGUCAUCCUGGUCCACGGAUGGCCCGCCAACGGCGAGACGUGGAAGCCCCAGCUGCUCGCCCUCGCGGCCCUCGGCUUCCGGGUCGUCGCCCCGGACACCCGCGGCUACGGACGGUCCAGCGUGCCCGAGGGCCCCGAAGCCUACGCCAUUAAGCAUCACGUAUCGGACCUGCUCGCGCUUCUUGCCCACCUCGGCCGCGACAAGGCCGUCUGGAUCGGCCACGACUGGGGCGCGGGCCUCGUCUGGGGCCUCGCUGCCAUGUACCCGGAGAAGUGCGUCGGCGUGUGCUGUAUAUCGGUGCCGUAUCGCGCCAUCGAGCUCGGCCUCGAGAUCGCCGCCUCCCUCGUGAACCGCGAAGUGUACCCCGAGGACCAGUACCCUCUCGGCCAGUGGGACUACCAGGCCUUCCACAGCGAGCAGCCCGAGGCCGCCGCCGCCCAGUUGCAGGCCAACGUGCCCAACACAAUCAAGAUACUCUACCAGGCCGGCAGCCCCAAGGAUUACGGCAAGCCGACUCCGUUCGCCUCGGUCCGCAAGGCGGGCGGGUGGUUCGGCGGCGCCCCGGAAGCCCCGGAGCUGCCGUUCGAGACGACCCUCUUCAAGGAUGACAAGCCGGCGUUCGACCGGAUGGUGGCCGAGUUCGAGCGCAACGGGUUCGAGGGCGCCAACAACUACUACCGCAACCACGAGGUCAACCGGACGUACCUCGUGGAGGCGCCGAACGGGGCGCGCCUCCGGUUCCCGGUCCUGUUCGUCGAGUCGCGGUGGGACAGCGUCUGCGACACGGCCAUCUCGAGGCUGAGCGAGCCCAUGCGCGACCUGUGCGACGACCUCACCGAGGUCAGCAUCGAGGCGGGCCACUGGGUCGCGCUGGAGAAGCCCGAGGAGACGAACGCGGCCCUGGUGAGAUGGUUUGCGACGAAGCUGCCGACAUACUUCCCGGGGUACUGGAAGACGCCGUUUGUGUCGACGAAGUAA